CAUCAUGAAGUAUCAUAGACUUAUUCCACCACUACACAUUGACAACUUCACCGGGAAUUAGGGGGGGUCUUUCCACAGAAGCUGGACUGUCCCUACCCGUCAGUAUCACUGUUUGGAUGGACUAACGUUAGAGCUAGCACCGCUGGUUGAGACUUCACGAAUGGGAUUUACUCAGCUAGCCGCUGCUAAUGAUUGUGCUGGCUGACUAGCUCCGCGGCUAACCGGUUGGCGUUAGCUCUGACCCAGUUGGUUGACAUUGCUCAUCACAUAAUUAGCAGGCUCUGAAAAGAGCGGAUUUGCUGGCACAACCAUGCCUCCCAGGCCGUCCUCAGGAGAACUAUGGGGGAUGCACUUGAUGCCCCCUAGCAUCCUUGUGGACUGCCUUCUGCCAAAUGGCAUGAUUCUCACGUUGGAGUGCCUCCGGGAGGCCACACUGAUCACAGUCAAGCAUGAGCUUUUCAAAGAGGCCAGGAAGUACCCUCUUCACCAUCUGCUGCAGGAGGAGAGCUCUUACAUCUUUGUCAGUGUCACCCAGGAGGCAGAGCGGGAAGAAUUUUACGAUGAGACCAGGAGGUUGUGUGAUCUUAGGCUCUUCCAGGCCUUCCUCAAAGUCAUUGAGCCAGUAGGCAACAGAGAAGAGAAAAUUCUCAAUAGAGAAAUAGGUUUUGCUAUUGGGAUGCCUAUAUGUGAGUUUGAGUUGGUGAAAGACCCAGAAGUACAGGACUUCAGAAGGAACAUUUUGAACGUUUGCAAAGAAGCUGUGGACCUCAGAGACAGUAACGGCCCCCACAGUAGAGCUUUGUACGUCUAUCCUCCCAAUGUAGAAUCUUCAGUGGAGCUUCCCAGGCACAUCUAUAACAAGCUAGAUAAAGGUCAAAUCAUCGUGGUCAUAUGGGUUAUUGUGUCACCCAGCAAUGACAAACAGAAGUAUACCCUGAAGAUCAACCAUGACUACGUGCCAGAGCAGGUGAUCGCCGAGGCCAUCCGUAAGAAGACACGUAGCAUGCUGCUCUCUCAGGAGCAGUUAAAGAUGUGUGUGCAGGAGUAUCAAGGAAAGUACAUCCUCAAAGUCUGCGGCUGUGAUGAGUACUUACUGGAGAAAUACCCUCUGAGUCAGUACAAGUACGUGCGCAGCUGUAUCAUGCUGGGACGGAUGCCGAACUUGAUGCUAAUGGCAAAAGACAGCCUGUAUUCCCAGCUGCCCAUAGACAACUUCGCCAUGCCGUCAUACGCGAGGCGAAUAUCCACAGCAACGCCCUACAUGAAUGGGGAAACUGCCACCAAGCCUCUAUGGACUAUCAACGGAACGCUGAGGAUCAGGAUACUGUGUGCCACUUACGUCAAUGUCAACAUCAGAGACAUUGACAAGAUUUACGUCAGGACUGGGAUAUACCACGGUGGAGAGCAGCUGUGCGACAAUGUCAACACCCAGCGCGUGCCCUGUUCGAACCCCAGGUGGAAUGAGUGGCUGAACUACGACAUGUACAUUCCAGACAUCCCCCGUGCGGCCCGACUCUGCCUCUCCAUCUGCUCCGUGAAAGGGAGGAAGGGAGCAAAAGAGGAGCAUUGUCCUCUAGCCUGGGGCAACAUCAACCUGUUUGACUACACCCACACACUAGUCGCUGGGAAGAUGGCUCUCAACCUAUGGCCUGUCCCUCACGGCCUUGAAGACCUGCUCAACCCUAUCGGCGUCACAGGCUCUAACCCCAACAAGGAAACCCCAUGUCUGGAGCUAGAGUUUGACCAUUUCAGUUGCCCAGUCAAGUUCCCUGAUAUGACCACCAUUGAGGACCAUGCAAACUGGAAUAUAUCCAGAGAGCUUGGCUUUAAUUACUGCCACACCGGUUUGAGUAGCAGAGUGGCCCGGGAUAACCCCUUCACGGACAGCGACAAUGAGCAGCUUCGCCAGGUGUGUAACAGGGACCCGUUGUCUGAAAUCACUGAGCAGGAGAAAGACUUUGUAUGGAGGCACAGACAUUACUGUGUCAACAUACCAGAGAUCCUUCCCAAGAUCCUCUUAGCUGUGAAGUGGAACUCCAGAGAUGAGGUUGCACAGAUGUAUUGCCUUCUGAAGGACUGGCCUGCUAUCAAGCCAGAACAAGCCAUGGAGUUGCUGGAUUGCAACUUCCCCGAUCCGAAGAUCAGAGGCUUUGCCGUAAAGUGCCUUGAGAAAUACCUAACUGAUGACAAACUCUCACAGUACCUCAUUCAGCUGGUUCAGGUUCUGAAGUACGAGCAGUACCUUGAUAAUCCUCUUGCACGCUUCCUGCUGAAAAAGGCAUUAACCAAUCAGAGGAUAGGACAUUUUUUCUUCUGGCAUUUAAAGUCAGAGAUGCACAACAAGACAGUUAGCCAACGGUUUGGCCUCCUGCUGGAGUCGUACUGCCGAGCCUGUGGCAUGUACCUGAAGCACCUGAGCCGGCAGGUGGAGGCCAUGGAGAAACUCAUCAAUCUCACUGACCUCCUCAAACAGGAGAAGAAAGAUGAGGCACAGAAGGUUCAAAUGAAGUUUCUGGUGGAGCAGAUGAGAAGACCUGACUACAUGGACGCACUGCAGAGCUUCACCUCCCCGUUGAAUCCAGCACAUCAGUUGGGAAACCUCCGCCUGGAGGAAUGCAGGAUGAUGUCAUCAGCCAAGCGACCUCUGUGGCUUAACUGGGAAAACCCAGAUAUGAUGUCGGAGCUGCUCUUUCAAAACAAUGAAAUCAUCUUCAAAAAUGGAGAUGAUCUGAGGCAGGACAUGCUGACGUUGCAGAUCAUUAGGAUAAUGGAGAACAUCUGGCAGAACCAAGGCCUUGAUCUCAGGAUGCUCCCUUAUGGUUGUAUGUCAAUUGGUGACUGUGUGGGUUUGAUUGAGGUGGUGAGAAACUCUCACACCAUCAUGCAGAUUCAGUGUAAAGGAGGCCUAAAGGGGGCGCUGCAGUUCAACAGCCAUACACUGCACCAGUGGCUCAAGGAUAAGAACAAGGGAGAGAUGUAUGACCAGGCCAUAGAUCUGUUCACACGGUCAUGUGCAGGCUACUGUGUAGCCACAUUUAUCCUGGGCAUAGGGGACCGACACAAUAGCAACAUUAUGGUCAAAGAUGACGGGCAGCUGUUCCACAUAGACUUUGGCCAUUUCCUCGACCACAAAAAGAAGAAGUUUGGGUACAAGAGAGAACGUGUGCCCUUUGUGCUCACACAAGACUUCUUGAUCGUUAUUAGCAAAGGAACUCAAGAGUGCACAAAAACAAGAGAGUUUGAAAGAUUCCAGGAAAUGUGUUACAAGGCAUACUUGGCAAUCAGGCAACACGCCAACCUCUUCAUCAACCUUUUCUCCAUGAUGCUGGGCUCAGGAAUGCCCGAGCUGCAGUCGUUCGACGACAUCGCUUACAUUCGGAAGACCCUGGCCCUGGACAAGUCGGAGCAGGAGGCCCUGGACUACUUCAUGAAGCAGAUGAACGACGCUCACCACGGCGGCUGGACUACCAAAAUGGACUGGAUCUUCCACACUAUCCGCCAGCACGCCAUGAACUGAAAUGGCAACCAGAAGGGUUGAGCGAAGGACUGUGGCAACAGCUGCACACUACGAACCAAAAGAGAAAUGAGAAAUAAUGGCAAAGUGUUUUUCUGCCAUACACACUUAGGCCUGGUUAAUAUUUCUGCCAGCGUGUGACUGAAACAUUACCUGCCAGCGCACCAUAAAGCAACGGUGCUAAGAAGAGCCUAUAUCAGGGACAUAAUGCCUAAAUGCUCCUGUUUCUGCAGGUGUCUGAAUUUCUUCUCCCUGCAUAAUGAACUGAAGAAGGCAGGGUGGAGUUAUAUUUCAUCUGUCUCCUUCAUAGGAACUGAACGAGUGUAAUGGACCUCAACAAAGUUGGCCUUCUUCAUGUGAACAAAGUAUAGACACAUAUUUUUUCCCUUAUUUUUUUAUUCCUUUCAGUACAUUUUCAACCAUCAGCAUUAAGAAAGGAACAUCAUCAUGAAGUGGUAAACCAUGAGCACAGCUGGGCUUUUCUUUUUUUUUUUUGUCUUUCUAGAGAAGAGUAUAACUAUUUCCACUACCUAUUUUGAACUAAUGAAGACGGGGGAGAUGUCAGCACACGCAGCCAGGCUGGUGUGCUUAUCAGCUGAGAAGGACACUGAGAAGCCUGGCGGGUGUCCACUAAAUCAUGGUUGCCCCUUUACAAUCAUAAAAAAUAAUCAUUAAUACUCUAAGUACAGGACUGACAGAGGAAGUGUUGUUGAAAACACUUAACUAGCAUUUAAUAGGUUUGGAGCGUAAAGUUUGCAACCGAAAUAAUGACUAUUUGUAGCCUACAGAUGAUGAGUUCUCAGUUUAGAAAUCAUUCACGCCAGAUAACUGACAUUGACACUUUUGUACAGCAGUGUAUCCAUAGACUUGUAUGCAUACGUGUGUGCACAUAUUCCUUUUUGAGUCUAUUUUCUACUGAGCCAAAGUAAUAGAUGUGUAACCCCACUACUCAGCAGUCUUAUUGUUAAAAAAAAAAGAAGAAAAAAAUAUAUAGUCGCUACUAUUCCGAGUCUCAUGCGUACCCAUAGCACUGAUCUCUGCAGUAUUUGUUUUUAUUUUGUUUCGUCUAUCAGUAUUAUUUUGCGUCAGAUGUUGAAGCACACAUCUGUCAUUCACCCCACGCAGUUGGCGCACAGAUGGGACUGUGGAGAACCUUUCAAACGGCCAGCUGCAUAACAUGUUAUGAAUCGGUCUUUGUUAGUCAGCUGAUUUCUAUUUGAAAAGGAAAAAAAAAAAGUGCAGGGGAGGGGCGAGAGAGUGAGGAUGUGCAGUAUUCCUUUUGUGUGCUGUGCUGUUACACUAUGCAAGUUGUGAUCUUCAAUAUAUGUACUGUAUACUGCAAAAAAAAAAAAGAAAAAAGAGUUGAUGUCAGAGUAAGUCUAAGAAACAGAGAGAAAUGCAUCUCCCCGACAUGCAGACAAGCGUGUCAGUGAACUUUGUACAGACAGUACAUGGAGGAAAGAAAAUGCACAAUGCUGCACUGUAACAGUAUCGUCUACUUCUUCCCAGCAAGCUGAAAAAGAACUGUGAGAAACGCCUUUUUUUUUUUCUCAAACUCUGCCUUUUGCUUCUCCUUUACCAGGUUUCUAUUCGGAGCUUCAGUCUAGCCAUCUGUAAGAUGUUUCGCUUCCGUCUCCUUGUUCUCGAUCACACAUAUGACAGAUGAUUUAAAACAGACUCUUUCCUCAUGUUUUGCCAUAUGAUCCCAGAUCGUGACAUCCAGGUAAAGAAAAGUAACCGAAGUGAAUUUGUUUUUUUAUUUUGUUUUUUUGCUUUUUGAAAUCUUCCAAGUGUCUUCUUCCCUCCUCUUUCCUAUGAUUGUUGCCCUUAUGUGUGGAAAAACAGUCUAUGCAGGUCUGCCCACUGCACAGACGCAUACGUAAGAGGUCAGUAAAUGUUCUAGCUUUACCAAAUCACACACACACACACACACAUACACACAUACACAUACACAUAGGGAAGGUUUCCUGGACACUCAAGUCUGUCGAAGUCCAAUUUUUGUGUUUUCUGUACGUGGAUUUCUAAACGUUCAGGAAACUGAUCCCACUGAGAUGCAUGUACUGCUGUACAGGAUACAGAGCAGUGGGCCGGACCCAUUCAAACUGAGAAAACUAGACUCCCAUAAGUAUACACUUCACAGAUGAACUCUAAUGAUGCUUCUUUUCCCUUUGUACUUGAUUGUUGUUUUCUGUUUCUCACAUUGCAUUAUGCAUGAGGUCCUCAAAUAUCUACUUUUUGUUUUUGACCUGAUGAUGUUUACUUGAAUUUCAUGUAUAGGAAUGACCUUGUUACUUGUGUGAGGUACAACAAAGUCACAAUGAAGGUAACAGAUACUGAUACUGCUACGACAUGUGCAAAUGCUUUCCUUGAAUAACUACAGAGGUAAUAUAUUUUUGUAUUUUUAAAAAUGUAAGCAAACUCAUAUGUAACUGCUAACCAAAAGAGAGAAAAAAAGGAGGAAUCAUGCAUAACGUGCACCAUCCUCAUACAAACCUAGUAGACAGCUUCUAGUUGUUGAAACGAUAUGAAUGACAAAGCAGAGGUGAAUUGUUGGAAUGAAGGACAAGGACUUGAUGCUGUUGUCAGAGUAUGAUUUUCACGCCUAAGUGAAGCCCGAAGUGGAAGUCUGUAAGCACAAUAAGGAGGAAGACGCUAACCUGCAUGUUU